AGUGACAGCUGAAGUAGGUAGAGGUACAGACCUCAGACAGAUGCCUGAUCAGUGCUCGACACACACACACACACACACACACACACACACACACACUGACUACACUUACUUCACAUGCUCAAUCCAAGUUUUUGUGGAAAGUAGUAACUGACAGAAGUGUUAGCCCUGCUGAUAAAGUUUAGUCCUUCCACUCAGAAAGAGAAAGGCACUAAAGACAGAGCUCUUGAACUACUAUUUUGAUUAACCCAUCAGGAAAAGUGUCAACAUCAUGAAUAGAGUGGUGGAUGGCUUAUGUGACCACACUGUAAAUGAAGAAGGUGCUUUCAUGUUCACAUCAGAGUCUGUUGGAGAAGGGCAUCCAGAUAAGAUCUGUGAUCAGAUCAGCGACGCUGUGCUAGAUGCCCAUCUUCAACAAGAUCCAGAUGCCAAGGUUGCUUGUGAGACAGUGUGUAAAACAGGGAUGGUGCUGCUCUGUGGGGAGAUCACAUCCCUCGCCAUUGUCGACUAUCAGCGAGUAGUUCGAGACACAAUUAAGCAAAUCGGCUACGAUGAUUCAGCUAAAGGCUUCGACUACAAGACUUGCAAUGUUCUGGUGGCACUGGAACAACAGUCGCCUGAUAUUGCCCAAGGUGUUCAUAUGUACAGGAAUGAAGAGGAUGUUGGUGCUGGUGACCAGGGGUUGAUGUUUGGCUAUGCAACAGAUGAGACAGAAGAAUGUAUGCCUCUCACUAUUGUUCUCGCUCACAAAUUGAACACCAAGUUAGCAGAGCUGAGACACAGUGGUGAUCUCCCUUGGCUUAGACCUGACUCUAAGACACAGGUCACUGUUCAGUAUACUCAGAAAAAUGGAGCCGUCAUCCCGGUCCGUGUUCACACCAUUGUGAUAUCUGUGCAGCAUGAUGAAACCAUCUCGCUGGAAUACAUGCGCAAAACCCUGAGAGACUGUGUGAUUAAACCUGUCGUUCCUGCCAAAUACCUGGACGAGAAAACAAUUUACCACCUUCAGCCCAGUGGGCGUUUUGUCAUUGGGGGGCCACAGGGUGAUGCUGGCGUUACUGGUCGAAAGAUCAUUGUGGACACUUAUGGAGGAUGGGGAGCCCACGGAGGUGGUGCCUUUUCAGGCAAAGAUUAUACAAAGGUGGACCGGUCGGCAGCAUAUGCAGCCCGCUGGGUGGCCAAGUCUUUGGUGAAAGCUGGGCUGUGUCAUCGUGUUCUGGUUCAAGUUUCUUAUGCCAUUGGAGUUGCUCAACCCCUCUCUAUUUCACUGUUCACUUAUGGAACCUCUCAGAGAACAGAGAAAGAGCUACUGGAUAUUGUGCACAAGAACUUUGACCUUCGACCCGGAGUCAUUGUCAAGGAUUUGGAUUUAAAGAAGCCAAUUUAUCAGAAGACUGCCUGUUACGGUCACUUUGGAAGAAAUGAAUUUUCAUGGGAGGUGCCUAAGAAACUUGUGUUUCAAUAAUAAUGGGUCCAUCCCCAAAGCAGAAGUGAAGAGGAUUCUACUAGUCAAUAAGAUGUUGGCAGAAAUCAGCUCAAGGAAUUUCAGAUUUUAAAUGGACAGGAUAUUCUCAUGGGAAUUAAUACUUACUCUCAAUGCCUUAUCCUAUUUCAUUGUCAAAGACACCAAAGGCAGAGUCUGUUUUUAUUGUCACAAGAAGACACAAUACAGUUUAUUUUACUGCUGCUAUGUUGGUUCCACUGACAGAGGCAAAAUCUGACUAGGACAUACAAACCAGCGUUUGGGCCUCAACUCUGUUACAGUGUGAUUUUACAUUCAAAAGAAAAGGUAUUCCUCAUGAGUCUAGCUAAGGAGCAGUAGGUCUCCUCACCCUGACUGGACACUAGGAAAUAUGGGGGGGGGGGGGGGGACAGUUUUCUUAUAGGAGCUGGUAUUGCAUACAACUAUGGGACAUUUUGCUUGGAAGGGAUUCGUUAUCAUGUAACUGCGACAUAGCUGCUCCUUUAAAGGAUGUUGUUGGUGCUUAGACCUCCUUCAUUGGUGACUCAAACUUUUUCUUCUAUACUGACCUUGCAGCAAAAAGCUUUUAGCUACUAUGUACUUAUAGGGGCUUCUUUUCUAUGUGUUUACAUCUUAGCACAUCAAAUUUUGGAGUCAGUGGCUCAUCCCAAUGUAUGGCACAUUAGAGCUCCAUUGACUUCUCGUGGAUUGUGCUAAUAUGAACACUGCCUAGUAGCGACAGUGCUUUUAAACACUGUAGAGCAGCGUGCUGUUAGUACCCUAUUUUAAUAGAUUUUUAAAGGCAUGGUGUCAAGGUAUCACCCACAAUUUAUGGAGUUAUUUUUCUCCCACUGGUGUUUAUAACAACAGCCCUUUGGGAGAAUGACACUGAAAUCUGUUUCUUUAUUGAAAUGUGCUGUCCGUUACUUUUAUGCAUACACUGGUUUGCUGUUGGAGCAUUGCUCACUAGUGGUAGGCUCAAGGCUUUGACUUUUGACAUUGAAUGCUAUAUGGGGACAAAAUAUGCACAUAAAACAACCAGAACACAUUGGAAAUAAAAAUAAAAGGUCCUUAUAUGUUAAAAUUUGGAUCUACCAAAUUUGACAACAUCUUUAACUGAAAGACUAUGAUUGAGUCAUCCUCUAGAUGGUAGUACUACCCACCCUAGGUUUAUAAGUCUAACAUCUGUAGAAAACACUUGGCUCUAGGCAAUGUUCCAGAAUAGCUUGAGUUGUGUACAUGUUACUGCCAAAGUUAAAAGUCACCAACUGCUUUUUUAUUUUAGCAGCUCUGCUUACAAAAUGUAGACGUGGGAUCUCUGUGAUCCAGGCAAUAGCUGGUUGAGGGAGAGUGUGUCAUUUGUGGACGCACACACUGUGUUGUCUUAAAGCGUGAGUGAAAGGAAAUGGGAUUAGUCCAUUUCUGCAAAGGACUUGGGCCAGUCUUGGUUAUAUUGGAGUCAUGGGUGGGUUUUCUCACUGACUUCAAUGAAACCAGGCUCUGGUCCACUGUCAACAUUUCAUGUUGAUGUAGUAGGCACCAAGAGUGAAAUUAAUGCUGCUGCAGGGGUUGACCCAAAAUGCCACUCAAAAUUCACAUAAGGGUUAAGGGGUUAGGUGGCCCUUGUACGGGAUUUCUGCACUGGAGAAAUUUUGCUUCAGGGGAAUGCAGUUUCUUUGCACACUGUCUCCUGACUUGUUCUGAAAAUGGAAGCAGUUGGAAUAAUCUAAUACCUGACUCAUUGCUGUGUGUUUAAGUUUGGUGAUCAUUAAAAUAAAGAACUAAUAGCACUGGCUAACAGUAGGCAUGAUUUAGCCAGGUAUUGUGCAAACUUCUCCCCUUUCAGUGCAUCUCAAAUUCAACAUGCCUCCUUCCUAUUCAAGGAACAAGCCUCCCCUCUUCAGCAUCUGUGCUAGACUGUGCAAUGUGUACCAGCUAGAAUGAAAAAAACAACCUCAAGACUAUUUGUUUCUGUGCGUGUGGCUUGGAACCCAUGUCUCCAGAAAAAAGAAAUCAGAACAUUAAUCCGUGUCCUCUAGCCACACAAAUGCUUGCCCUUUGGUAGGAAAACAUCAAAGUGCAGCUGCACGUAAAAGAGUCAUUUGGCCAAAAAAGACACAGUGGGGUUCUGUAGUCAGUCUGAUUCACUGAUUUCCAGAUCAGAUUUGCAGAGUUUGUAAAUUAAAUUGUUAUUUGUAACUGCUAGCCCAAAAAAUUCUGCCCAGGCUCAGAAAGGCGAGCUGGUUUCUUUCCAUCCCAUUACUAGUAAUAGAGGCCAUGACACCUUGGAAUACACCUAUGCUACUCCAUUGCCUUCAUAUUACACUCUCACUGCCACCUGUGAAAACCCUUUCAGGACUAAUGGGGCUAUGCAGGUGUACCUGAAGGCAUCAUUUGAAGACCAUGAGCUCACACAGGUGAAUUUGAUGGCAUUUUUUGAGCUUCAGCUGCCCUAUGGCUAGUUAUGAUGCCCAGGAUAAAAAGGACUCAGACUGAGUGUCAGGGGUCAGGGCUAGGUAUGUUGCAACUCUGUAAAGUCCACUCCCUGUGCUGUGUUGGAACAGCCGAAAGCCUGCUUUAACUUAUGCUAUCUGCAACUGGCCCUGAAGGUCCAAAAAUGGGCUAUGGAUUGGUGAUAGUGUAACCCACACACCUUCUGGGUGUGGUGUUCUGUCCCAUCUAGUGGCACUGGGACCACUUAGAGAGAGAGGGAUUAAUGAGUCUACUCUACAGCCUUAGCUAAAAGCCAUAUGGCUUUUAGCUCAUGCGGUAGAGGCUCGUGCACUAAGCUCCAAAGGCCCAAGGUUUGAUCCCACCUGCCGACGACGAGGGUCUGUCGGCGUUACAGUAGCACGGGAGCACCCUGGCCAUGUCCCUUUUCCUCCAGCCACUACCUCUCUUCCCUGCUAUGCUAGGAGCACCGAGGGUCAGUGGUAUAAGAGCCCCUACAUAGGUUCUGCUGUAGGGGGAUCAUCUUUACCCUGAUUGAUCUUCCCUGGGUGAUUUUUCCAUUGUAAGGUCAGAUUAUCCUAGCAGUGCAAUACAAGGCGAUCCACUGCAUUACCAGAUCUGUUCCUGCUCUCAUUGAUUUCCAUACUGGCCAAUUGUUGCAAAGUAACUUUAGUUGGAUAAUAAAAGCCAUGCUUUGCUGCUAAGUCAUUACAAAAAAAAAGUGCUAUAGUUUUUCAAAGACUACCUAAUGAACCUUUAUUGGCCUACAUUGCACCCAAGGAUAGACAGUUACUAAUAGAUAGAGGUUACUAAUAACAAGCACGUGACCUGUUCUAUUUGCCCCAGGAUUAGUAUGCAAAAAUAAAUUGCAGUUCUACACCUGUUCUUCAGCCAGGAACUCCACCAGGAGUCCACAGGCAGCCUCGCCUGCAGUCGUGAUCUUUCCAUUGCCUUCAUUGAGCAUUGGCUUAGGACCUUAAUGAUUUAUAUCAUUAUUGGGAGAGGGAGUAAGCCACCAUCAACAAAGAACACCCAACCCAAUCCUAGAAAGAACUCAAUAUACAUAAAAAAAUUGCUGAUACUCUUAUAAAAGUGCCAUGAUCCCAUCAGGAUCAACUCAAGCUGCUUCAUAGGAAAUGGUAGCAACAGUUCUGGGCAAGGGAAGCCCAUUACAUGAAGAAAUAAAAAUGGCUAAGGAUUUUAUGUUGGGUACAUAAAAACACUGAGCCAAUUAUAUAUUUUACCUAGCAGGGUUUGCGUGAAAAAAUUUAUAAGCAUGUUAGCAAAUGAGUCUUUAUAUUUUAAAUUGCAUUUACUAAUUUGCUUUUGUUCUUUUGCAUAUCCUAUCACUACUGCUUUUAAAUGUGUGAUUCAAGAACACACUGAAGUCCAGUCUGUCUGUGGGAAACUGACCUGUUGCUAAGGUCACUUGUCAGCAGGGCGUCCCACCAGAAAUAGUGAGAAAACCAGUUUAAACUGCUAGUACAGACAGGAGAAAAUUGUUUCCAGCACAACUGGAGACUGUGAUUGAGUUUUGGGUUUCCUGUCUGUAUGUGGAACUUAAACUUCAUAAUAGUGGCUACUUUGUAUGCCCAUGCUUCUUUAUACUGUUAUUUAAAUGUGGAAUGGGAAUAACGACUAACCAUGAGAAGGGUGAAUCUUUCAUCUGCCCUCCCUUUGUCCAUCUUGGAAACUUUCCUCUCGACUGGUUUAGUAGGUAGAGUGGGGAAUGUAUGCAUCAGGAAUCCUGGGUUCUAUUCCUGGCCCUGCUUGUGUGAUCCUUGACAAGUCAAAGUUGUGUCAGUUUCCCUGUCUGUGCAAUGGAAUAAUAUGUUCCUACCUCACAGGAAUGUUAUAAGGUGACUGUGUGAAUUUGUGACUGGGAAGAGGUUUGAGAUCUGUGGGUAAAAAGGUGCUGUAGAAAUACUAGUAUUAACAUUGCAGUUGAGUUUACUUGUAACCGGUACUGCAGAUAAGCAUUACUGUUCAUAAUGUAUCCCUGUCACAAGGUCCCAACCCGAGCUGGCUUUCUCAGCUGCCAUACCCUUCCAUAUGCCUAACUGCCAGUUGCUAAGCCUGCCUACAAUUCCCACAAGCACUUUGACCCAACUCCCCCAACCCUUUCCAAAGUCUGACAGCGCUACUUGCAGUGACCAAGUGGCUGUCAGUAGUUCUCCUGGCUUCAUUUGCUGGAAAGAAUUAAAACUCUGCAUAUACUAAUGAACGUUAUAUCAUGGAAUAAAACAGACCAGCUAAGGUUCUUCUCAUCCGAGAGCCCCAAUUUCGCAUGACUAGAAAUGCAUAUCCUUUGUUGGCAUAAAAUACCACCUCUGGUUUCUGGGUAGAGCAUCAUUACCAAGGGAUUAAUUUCUAAAUAUAGAAGGAGAAGUUCUUAAAGUUUAAAAAUAUGUAGGGUCAGAUCCUCAGUUUGUGUAAAUCACCAAAGCACUACUGAUUUCAAUUAGCUAUUUACUGCCUACAUCCUGGUUGUCCAGAAAGAUUCUGGAUCAGUCUAAUAUGAAAGUACAUUGAUCUACACCAGCUGAGAAUCUGGCCCGUGGAGCCUAUAUACCUUGCAAAACCAGUAAUGAUGAGUUUGGGAUAAAGCCUGUGUGAUUGGCAACUGCAGAGCGGUAAUGAGGGUAGUAGGAAUGCUUCAAAGCCGCAUUGGGUAGCGGGUCAGAGAGGUGCCUGUCUGUGUGACAUUUUUUACACCUAUGAUGUUUACGUGAAAAUCCACCUCCAAGCAUAUUUGUGAUUAAAGUAUUUUUCUGCUUUCUCUUCCAAGCGGUCUUAUUUGUUGAGAUCUUUGUGUACUGCCGACAUCUUUCCUUAUCCAUUUCCUAUUAGUUCUGUGUAUGAAAAAUAAAUAGACAACAAAGGGCCUCUGAGUUUAAUUUCUAUUUCGUCAUGUUUCAAUGUACAGUAGUUUUGAAUCAAUAAAACCCAUGUCAUAAACUUUAUCCUAUUUCCUGUUAAUAUUAAUUGUAGGAAAACAACUGCUACAAACAUGGGGUAAAAUUUUCAAAAGAACCUGUGACUUAGGCACCCAAGUCCCAUUGAUUUUUCAAUGAAACUUAGACUUCUCAUUAGAACAGGCACAUUGUGUUUUUUUUGCCAAAAAAAAUUCAGUGAAAAAUGCAGAGCUGGUGACACCAAAACUAUUUUUCAAAUUUAUAUUGAUUUUGACAAAGUGUUUCAGUGAAAAAAAAUCUGAGAAAUGUGAAAUGUUUCAUUUUGACAUUUUCAGAAUUAAAUGUUUCAGUUUCU